AGACUCGCGUUCGCGUAUCUGCCCCAGCGCCGCCCUAUAGCGUGCAGGCUAGUUACAUUACGGGUGGGGCGGCGAUUGGGCAGAUGCUCAGGCACCCAAGCAUCGUAUUUCCCGUCGCGCAGUACAUAUCGUGACCCUGCUGCCCUCUCUCCCCCCCCCCCAAUGCCGCUGCCUCCCUCCUCCCGUCUCGCUCAUCCUGGCGCCCGCCCACCAUGCGGUGUGUCGCCAUGCUGCACUGCCUGCUGAUCGCCCUGGCCAUCCCGUAUGUCGCCGCCCAGGACCUCUCCGUCACAUGCACCUCCCCGCAACUGCCCUAUGCCGCGGACCGGCCGACGACCACGCUGCAUCGCACCCACACCCGCACCCAAGUCGAGUGGAGGGACGAGCGCAUCACCUACACCCUCACCGGCCCCGUCCCGGACUCCACCAUCACCGAGCAUACGGAGCUGACGGUGACAGCCACGCAGACGGACUACUAUGAAACGUACACGUCUGUUGUCUGGGUCGCCACGGAAACUACGCUCGGCUCGAGACCCGUCCUCACCGUCUUCGUCGAUCCGCCCCAGGCCCCCAUGAUGCCUGUAGAGACCGCAACGGAGGAGGAGAAUUGGUACUACAAGCAGCGCAGACGGGAGAAGCGCGGGCUGCAACAGUACGCCACAGUGGUCUGCGACACUGUCGUCCAUGCCACGAACACGGUCGUGCGCACGGCCGUGGACUCGAUUGUAAACAGGGGCGAGCCGCGCCGGACGAUCGUGCUGACUGUGACGCAUCUGAAGACCAUCAACGAGUUUGUGACCCAACCGGGCACGAUCGAGGAACACACGAGGACCACCACCUGGUCUAGCUUUACCACCUUCUUCCGCAUCGCCACGCGCACCGCUCCUCUUCCCACCGGCAUCAAGUGAGGUGGCACGCGACUUUGUUCAUGACCGACACAUAUUCCCUUCUACAAAAGAGCGGCGCGCGCAAUGCCCUGACGAGCUGCGCGAGGAUUCGACAUCAUGCUCAGGCCUUGUAACCCGCCCUCGGCUUGGUUUGGACGCUUGAGGCGAUGGCAGGGACACCGUGCAGCACGAUGGUGGCCAUGGCGAGUGUACAAAGGACUGCAGGUACUUGGACGCGCGGUCGCCGCGAUGCGUGGAAUUAAGGAUCAUCGGAGGCGUGCAGAGCGGUGACGAGCAGGGAAAUGCCGACAGCUUUCGAGCCUCAUCCAUCACCACGCGCUCGUGCUCAUUGUUGCUCAAAGACUUUAGAGUCUAGGAAGAAGGAAGACUAGUCCAAGCCUGCGAAAUUGAAGAGGCUCUCUUGCGGACCACCUUUGCCCUUCCUCUUCUUUUUCUUCCUCUUCGCCGGCUUCUCCUCCUCCUCCUCCUCCUCCU